AUGCCGCAUUUGCCUGAUUUGGAUCCUCCGUUCGUUGACCACUGGGACGCCAAUUGGUCCGACCGUGAGUUUGACCUGUUUGGGGAUGCGAUGAGCAGUGCUUACGAUGAUGAUAACCUUGUUGAUUUUGACUUUCCUUCCCCUUCUGCGAGUUCAGUUGGUGCGGCUGGGAAAACGGUUAGAUCCAGGGACACUCGUUGGCGUUGCUGCAGGUGCGGGUCUGAAGCUUGGACUUGGGACACGAUGUCUCGCGACUGGUGUUGUUUGGAUUGUCGCGGAAUGAACUAUGUUGAGAUUAAUCCAUCAGUUUAUGAGCAGACUUGGGCAAACAAUUCCACUGGCAGUUCGGGUAGACUCCCUGCAACGGCGUUUGGGCCUCCGCCGUCUGAUGAUGGCCCAAUCCAUGAAGGUUCAGAGUGGGACGAUUCCGAAGUUGGAACAAAUGAUCCAGUCGUUGAUCCGGACACUCUGGAAACUAUGUCUCGCAGAAGACGCCGACGACGAGCAAAGCAAAUAGCAGAUGAUGCGAUUAGCACCGGAAAUAAUUUGGGUCAGCAAGACAAUACAACUGCAGCGGGUGGUUCAAAGCAGGAUCGCAUUUUGGACUUGUUGACGCAAUUGGUUUCACAGUUAUCGAAUGACAUCUCAGGACUCAGAUGCGUCUUCCUGGACAUCUCGUCGGGGUCCCGAGCGUGGUGUCCGCUGGCGCGGAGGAACUCCUCCAACACCUCCGGUUUGGAGGAACAGUCAAUUGUCCAAUAUUUGCUGGAUACAUUGCGGGAACCCCUGCAACAGAAGAUGCUUUUUCAGAAGCGGAAGCUUCUGGCGGACUACGAGCACAUCUCCAGGUUUCAGAAUGAGACGGUGCGGCAGUUUGCGAAUCGUUAUGUGAGGGUGGAGAAGGACCUUGCGGCCAUCGGCAUCAGCACUUCCUCUAUGUAUGACUCGGAGAGUCGUGGCAACCGUUUGCUGGACAGGUCACGACUGACUCCAGACUUGCAGAGGCUGGUGUUGAUCGGGGCAGGCAACAGUUUGGAUUUUGAGCGGGUUCGAGAUAGCUUGAACUUCCAGUUUCCCGACUUUAAGCCUAGCCCUCCUGUAGCUGGUUCCCAGGGUUCUUCAGGCAAGUCCAAGGGCAAGGGAUCCAAUGAAUCAGCAGAUCAAGGACAAGACCAUGUUUCAGAAGGUCCUCAUUUUGAGGAUGCCGUGGAAGAUGCCUAUGAAGAGGACCCUGCAGGGGACGAAACUUCUCAUGACCAGGAAGCUGACUUUGAUGAUGAAGAUGACGAUGGCUCCUCACUUCAAGAUCUUGCAAACGUUUUGACAGUGACAUCCCGCAAGUUGCAAUCUACGGUGCUGGGAAGGAAGUUUUCAGGAAGACCUCGAUCAAUCGAGGAACGUAAGAGGACUUCAGCUUGCACGGCAUGCGGCCAGAUGGGCCACUGGGCCGGUGAUUCGGCCUGCAACAUGUCCAAUAAGGACAAAGGCCCUUCCAAGCCCAACUCUAAAGGAGCUGGCAAGGCAUCCCUUGGCAAAGAUGGCGGAAAAGGAAAGGGCAUCAAGAAGGCCUUUGUGGUGUGGCAUCCAUCGAGCACUGCAGCGGGCCUAUGUUCCAGCAGCGUUGCCAGGAAUUUGGUGAGACGGCUUCUCGGCAUUUUCAUGCACACCAUCCGCUACAUGAGUCGUAUGGUGAGGUUGGACAUGGCACCCAGGAGUUGGCUCACGAUGUUGGAGCAACAGGUCAUUGCUCGAGAGCAUCGCAUGGAGAUGGCUGUCAGAAGCCGUCCUCUUCCAAGCCUGUGUGCCCACACGGAGUUCCGCCGGUACGGGAACACGCACGGCCGGUUCAGUCAAUGCCUUCAAUGUCUUCAACGAUUCCGAUGGCUUCAAGAUCAACAGGCAUGGGAACCCUAUGGAAAUCAGCCCUCGCCGUCCUCAUCACACUUGCCUCCGCCCUCCAGUUCGAACAUCCUUUCCAGCAGCAAGGGCACUGAAGGGCAAGAAGGGCUCGACGGCCAAGCCUGCUCCCAGGAGGAGACCUUCCAGAUUCUCAAUGGCAUCAAACCCAGCAGCCGAGGAGAUGGAUCCUUGGACAGCCUUGGGCCUGACCCAAAGCGAAUACGAACAGGGGAUGAUGGAUCACCAGACGAUCGGCUCAGAGGAGGAGUUCGAUUGGGGAACCAGCCUUUGAACGACUUUUGGGAAUUGGAUGCUGGUAAAUGCAUCCGCCACCAUUUGAAUCCAAGGAUGGAUUCCUUUGAGCCUCGUGGCACCCAAUGUCCUGUUCCCUUGCAUCGACUCCGGAAUGCUUUCCAAGUUCAUAUGCAAUUCGAUCAGCAGUUGGUUGAGGUUCGAAACUAUAACUGGACAAGGGGAUCCAGGAAGAUGGCAGAUAGACCAUGGACUGGCAUGACCAUCUUCUACUUCAACGACCAGAAGAAGAACACCUUAACCAACGCUGCAAAGAGGGGUCUCCUUCAGCGACUUCGAGCCGCAGUACGUCUUCAUGAAGUUGAGCAAGUUCUGAUGGCACGAUCUACUCCUCGUGUCCGAAAUUCCACGGUGGAUCUGCUUGAGACCUUUGCCGGCAGUGCCACUGUGACUAAGUUAGCAGCUCAGCGGGGACUGAAGACUAUGGUUCCCAUGGACUACAACACCGGCUUCGAUUUGUCUGACAAGCAGACCCAAAGACAGGUCGACGAGAUGCUGACACUCCGUCGACCCUUGCUUCUGCUCCAAGAGAUUGACUGUCGACCUUGGACCUUGCUUCAGGACAAUACCAACUUUGUAGAUCGACCUGAAGCAUUGGAAGCUUGGAGAAACCAGGUGAGGCCCAUGCUCAAGAAGAUCGUCAGUUGGUGUGAAAAGCAGGAUGAUGAAGGAAGAUUUUGGUUGAUAGAAAAUCCACAGACCAGCAGACUUUGGAAGGAACCUGCACUACAACGUCUUCUCAGCCGGCCUACGUCCAGAUGUGUGACGUGCCAUGCAGGUGCCUACGGUGCUACCAACUCCAAGGGCCAGAUGAUCAAGAAGCCUCAUACUUUUGCAGGCAACUGUCCUUUGAUUUUGGAGCGCCUGACAUUGAAGCUUGAUCAAGACCAACUAAAACAAUGCCAACCCUUGGCCGGGAAGGAAGCCACCCUGAGCCAAGAAUACUGUCCAGGCCUUGUCGAGGCCAUUGUGAGUGGACUCUGUGACACCGCACAACAACAAGAUCCAAACCGAUUCCUUGACACUGAGGCAACUUUUGACACCUUUGCGGUAGACCAGAUUGAGUUCGAGGGUGGCAUGCAGAGUUGGCAACCCUUGUUUGACCGCGUGGUGCAACUGUUCAAGCAGACCUCCCACAAGACUAUUAUGUUGGCUCGCUCAGAUCCUCUUUGGGACCAGGUUCAAGAGAUGGUUCCCUGGUAUGCCAUUGAAAGGAUACAGUUAGCCAGUCAACCUAUGAUCCAUCGAUUUCCGACACACGUCCCACAUACCCAUCGAGGAUCAGCUUUGGUCUACAACGAUGGAGACCAAGACAGUCGUGGCACGACUACAUCGGAACUGAACCUUGGCCAUCCUCAACCUUCAGAGCUCAAGAAGCUUUUGGCUAUGAAUGGAAUCAACAACCAGGAUAUCCUCGCAGCAGUCGAAGACAUGAAGUGCGGCGUUUGUGAACGCAUUCGGAUGCCUGCGAAACCACCUCCUGCAGCAAUACCUGACUCUGGCUAUCGGCAGUUUGCCGACUCAGUUCAGCUGGACAUCGUCUACAUCCGUGACAUUGCUGGGCGCAACUACCCAGUUCUUGGCGUGAUCUGUGAGACCACGUUGUUGCACCAAGCCACCAUUUUGGAGAGCCGCCUUCCUGAUGAAGUCCUCCGCAAGUUCAUCAGAAUUUGGGCUCAGCCGUUUGGUUUCCCACUUCUGGCACGGCUUGAUCCUGACGGAGCUUUCCGUGGCGAGUUCGAAGACUACAUGGAUGUGACUGGAACAAGGACUGACUAUGUUCCACCAGAAGCCCAUCAUCGCAUUGGUCUCAUAGAACGGCACAACGCCACUCUCAGAUCGAUUGCCGAGAAGGUCAUCGACCAACAGGCUGUUAAUGGACCUGAGCAGAUGGAGCUUGCCAUUGCUCAGACGGUGUUCGCCAAGAAUGCUGGCACAUGGAGCACUGGAAGACCACCAUUUAUAGCAGCUUUUGGACGCAUUCCGCGUCAUGGAGGACUUGACCUUCUGUCAGACAACCAUGCAUUGACAGUUGGUGGAACCCAACAUCAUAUGCAUCAACUAGCCGAUGUCCUCCGAUCUGAAGCUCAACAACACUUGGCGGCAAUGAGGAUUGAUUCAUCAUUCCGGCGUGCCUUACUCCGGAAGACCAAACCGGAUCCUUCACUUCAGAUCAACAUCGGUGACACAAUUGCCUACUGGAGAUGGACUACCAGAAGUCACAAGAAGCGUGGCGGAUAUAAGCUUGCACGGAUGCUCGGCUACGACCCGGAUGGGAAAUCAAUAUGGGUGCAAGCUGGCACCAACACCGUGAAGAUCGCGAAGGAGCAGGCCAGACAGGCCUAUGGAUUCGAGACUUGGAAUCCUGAUCCUGCAGAUCUACGAGCACUUCGUCAAGCCAGCGACAAUAUCAAACAGGGCAUCUUUGAUGAUGAGUCGCUCCCAGUUCAGAAUCAUCCACAUCAACCUUUUGAACCUGACGAUCAACCACAAGAUGUUGGAGAAGACCUACCACCGUAUCAACCACCAACACCUCCACCAGCACUACAAGUUGAGUUCGUUGACGUUGGUGAACAAGUUCCUACAACCCCGAAGGAGUUGACUAGGAUGGCACCAGCACAUGCCGCGGGCAGUUCUACAGUUGAACGCUUGACACCUGCCAAGCGAUCUGUGGCCAGCCUGGAGGAAGACACUCUCCCGGGAACGCAAGAGCCAGUUCCACCUUCACUUGGCCAACCUGAUCCUCAACCAGAUCAGCCGCAGCAGUCCGACUCCGUCCAAAAUUCAUUGAUGUCAAAUGCACGUUUUUGCCAUGAUAGCCCAGAUUCAUGCACAGAUGCUCAAGCAGCACACCGGUCACCUUUUGUUUGCACAGACAAUGGCAUUCUGUUGAAUGACAAGCACUUUGAUGGCACCACCGAGAUCUACAUGCCUGUGGCCAGCACCACUUACUUUCAAGCCUACCAAGCUCACGUUGACUACGAGGGCGACGGGCUCAGUGAUGAUACAGAUGCAUCACAGGACGACAUGUCCACGACCACCACUGACAAGAAGCAGCCUCGACUGACACGUCAAGAACAGAAGGCUCUUGAUAAAGAGCUUCCCUGGCGAGUCAUCAUUGAGCGAGGUGGCGACUACUUGCAGAAGUUCAUCCAGGCCGCAAAAGAUGAGGAGAAAUCAUGGAUAACUUUCCAAUCAGUCGAGCCUGUGGAUGACGAGACUGCAAAGAAGAUUAUGUCAACACAUGCUGGUCGUCGUCGAGUUUUGAAGGCCAGAGCUGCCUUCCGUGACAAGGCCAAGAAUGUUGGUCCAGUCAGGGCCAAGUGCCGUGUCGUGAUGCUUGGAUGUUUAGACCCAGACCUCUAUAGCUUGAACCGCGAGAGCGCCACGCCAACCAGACAGUCUGAAAUGCUGAUUUAUGCAAUUUUCAUUUCUGGUUGCAAUGGGAAGAUGGGCCGUGAUGGAGCACAAUGGCUUUUGUGGCAUGCAGACUAUGACAUGAAGCAGUUGUUGUCAGCCUUUAGUUGGGGUUCUCAGACUUCUUUGACCGUGGAUACUCCACUAGAGUUCAAGGGAAAGGAGAUCCAUUUGCGUUUUGACAACAACCGCAAACUGUACCUGUUGGACAUUAAGCAGGAGAAGUUCAUCAAGGCUUUCAGAAAUGCAAAGAUAUCUGGAAAGAAAGAUGAACCACUCAAAACUGAGGACUUUCCAGAAUAUCGUUCAGUUGCAGGGAGCCUUCAAUGGGUUGCGGGGCAAACGAGACCAGAUGUGGCUUCGACAGUGAGCCUACAUAGCAGAGGCAGCAAAGCAACAUAUGGAGAUCUUGCAGCCAUGUAUGAUGCUGUGAACCACUUGCAUCAGACCUUCGACAAGGGAUUCACAAUGAACCCGACUGCAAUCGAUGAGUCAACACUGGUGGUUGCAUAUGCAGACUCUUCUUGGGCCAAUGCCGAAAACUUUGCGUCACAACAUGGUUGUUUGGUUUUGCUUGCUGAUGCUCGAGCUACAGAAGUUGCGACACCAGCUUGUUUGAUAGACUGGAAAUCUUCGCGAUCUGCAAGGGUUUGCCGCAGCACCUUGGCGGCCGAAGCAAGUGCGGCAGAUUCAUCCGUGGAUCGUUCCAGCUUUUGCAAUUUGAUGCUGUCAGAGGUGCUUCAGCGGAUCCCAUCAUUCAAGAUCACACAGCCUUUGCGAAUGUUGCAGGUUACCGACUGCAAAUCCCUGUAUGACAGUGUGUGUGACAAACGCACCAUCCAGCAGUACAUCGACCGUGGCAACAUGCACUGGGUACCGACUGGCUUAAUGUGGGCAGAUUGCUUGACUAAGACAUCGGUCAAGCUCAUGCAGUUGUUCUUCCAAUGGAUGCAGCAUCCAUACAUCAUCUUGAGAGAACAGCCGAAGAUGCCAAGCCCAUAA